AAGGUGUUUCUCAUCCUGCCAGAGAGGAAAGGAAUCAAUUUUCGAUUGUUAUUUGUUUUGAUAACUUUGUGCAGUGAAAUUUACGGGCGCUGAUCGAUUUUACGUAAUGGCAAGCUACCGGCUUGGUGCCGCCGCAGGGCGCUCUCUGUUUCGUGUUUCGGCUCAACAACAAUGUCGAUGGAUGUCUGUGCCGCAAAAUCACAGCACAAGUCUGGUGGCCGCAGCAUAUCGUUUCGCUAGUUCCAGUGCAGGACGGCAAUCAAAAGGCGGUACCCUGCGGCUGGCUUUGAAAGGGAUGGCCAUUGGUGCGGUUCUCGGAACAGGAUGGUCUGGGUAUAACUAUUUUAAAGGUGAACCCUCGGACCACAUGAUACACGAGCACAAGGGCCCAACCGUAUUGAACCGGCUGCCAGACGUCAAAAUCAUGCGAAAGGUUGUUAACCCACGGGAUGAUUCCGGGCUGGAACUGGUGCUGUUCCAAUUUCAAACUUGCCCGUUUUGCUGCAAGGUUCGUUCGUUCCUCGAUUACAGUGGCCUGUCAUAUUCGGUGGUGGAGGUAGAUGCCGUCCUGCGCCAAGACAUCCGUUGGUCCGACACCAAGAAGGUACCGAUCAUGUUGGCCAAAACGAAAACCGGCAAAUACGUUCAGCUAACGGAUUCCAGUAUGAUAGUUUCGGUAAUUUCGAGCUACCUAAAGGACAAAAACCAAGACAUCGGUGAACUGGCCAAGUUCUAUCCCUCCAUAUCGUUUGUCAACGAUGCGGGUCGAAAAACGAACGACAUCAUGAACAAGUAUUUCCUCAUGUUGCAGGAUGCCAAGCAACAGUCCCAGAAUGAGGCACAAGAGGAAGAGCGCAAAUGGCGUUCCUGGGCUGACGAUCAUCUGGUGCACCUGAUCUCGCCGAACGUUUAUCGGACCAAGGACGAAGCUUUCGAGACGUUCGAAUGGUUCUCGGAGGUGGGCGAGUGGGAUGUUCAUUUUCCCCGGUGGGAGCGUAACUUGAUGGUGUACGCGGGCGCAAUCGCCAUGUGGGCCAUCAGCAAGCGGCUCAAGCAACGGCACCAGCUGUCGGAGGAUGUCCGGUCCCACAUCUAUGACGCUUGUGAUAAGUGGAUCGCUGCAAUCGAGAAGAAAAACACUCCGUUCCAUGGUGGCAAGAAGCCUAAUUUGGCUGAUUUGGCAGUUUAUGGGGUGCUCAACAGCAUGGAAGGAUGUCAAGCGUUUAAAGAUUGUCUGGAGAACACAAAAAUUGGUAGCUGGUUCUAUGCAGUGCGACGAGAAGUCAUGACGAACCGAGGACAAAUACUGUAGAAAUUGGGCGCGUUAACAUGAUUGUUAAUAUAGUGUUCUGUUUUUGAAAUAAAGCAUCAUCC